GGGGUCGUCUGUCUCAGUUGCUCUCAAACGUUUGUCCAAGCCAGGAGAAUUGUCUGCAGUGUUGGUAUACCUAUAGUUGAAGUAAUAUUUGUACCCUUACCCUCAAAAGCUUCCUUUGUGUGUCGUUGGAAGUUGGAAUAGCGGCAAGCCUGCCGACGGGUGAAUAGCGAUAGCGUGUGUGAUCAGUACUCGUAAAUUUCAGACUCAGACUUUUAAAAUAUUUCUCUUGUGCACAUAGGAAGUUUUAAGUUUAAUAAUUUAAUUGUUAAUCUUACGUUUGCUACAACGAAUAAAUAAGCGAAUUAACGCAAUAAGAGAUACGAAAAAUAACUACGCACGAGGCGGAGUAAUAUGAGUAAUGCAGCCAACCAAAAUGGAUCAGGUCUAGAGCAGCGUUUAGCUGAUCUGGACUUGCAGGACUCCCAACAACCAAGUGGGGGUCGCUACGUACCACCGCAUUUACGCAAUAAAGCUACUAACGGGACAUCUGGCAGAGAGGAAUCCUCUUCCAAUUCGCGUUACCAGGAGAGAGACCGUGGAAAUUCACGCGAUCAGGAUCGUGAUCGAGAUCAUGGUAGCAGUUACAGAGACGUCCGGAUCAAUCGGGACGUUGAUUUCGGUAACUUCGGGCGCAACAGACGCCCACAGGAGAAUGGACGAGACUUUCGUUCCAGUGGAUACGGUGAACGAGACCGUCCUGUGGGAAAUGAUCGGUGGAAUGAGCAACAGAAAAACGACCGCUGGCAGGACAACAGAAAUGACUCACGCGGUGGAUCAAUGGGAGGCAGAUGGAAGGACGACUCCGAUCGUUCGGGAGGAAAAGGAGGUAGAGGCGAGGUGGACUGGACAGUUCCCACCACCCGAGACGAACGACUCGAGCAAGAGCUCUUUGGAAUCGGCAACACGGGUAUUAACUUUAGCAAAUACGAGGAUAUCCCGGUGGAGGCAACUGGUGAUAACAUACCGCCCCACAUCACAUCAUUCAGCGAGGUCAAGCUGACAGAAAUUAUAAGGAACAGCAUUACCUUGGCUGGUUAUGAUACACCAACUCCGGUUCAAAAGUACGCAAUACCAAUAAUUAUUGGUCAUCGUGAUGUGAUGGCCUGCGCCCAAACCGGCUCCGGCAAGACUGCGGCAUUUUUAGUGCCAAUAUUAAACCAGAUUUAUGAGUGCGGUCCACUUCCACCGCCACCUCAGGCCUCCGGUGGUCGACGUAAACAAUAUCCUCUAGGUCUAGUAUUAGCUCCGACUCGUGAAUUAGCAACUCAAAUUUAUGAUGAAGCUCGUAAAUUUGCCUAUCGUUCACGCAUGCGACCUGCUGUCGUCUACGGUGGAUCCAAUAUCACCGAUCAGAUGCGCGAGCUGGAUCGCGGCUGCCACUUGCUUGUAGCUACACCCGGUCGACUGGCUGACAUGCUCAGCCGUGGAAAAAUUGGUCUACACAACUGCCGUUUCCUCGUACUGGAUGAAGCUGACCGCAUGUUGGACAUGGGUUUCGAGCCACAAAUACGACGUAUCGUCGAAGAGGACACGAUGCCAGGCACUGGUGAACGUCAAACCCUCAUGUUCUCAGCGACGUUCCCUAAAGAAAUUCAAAUGCUCGCUCGUGACUUUCUCAGUAAUUAUAUUUUCCUCGCUGUUGGACGUGUCGGUUCCACCUCCGAGAAUAUUACGCAAAAAAUCGUGUGGGUGGAAGAGCACGACAAGCGAUCAUAUUUACUAGACUUAUUACAAGCAUCUUCUUAUGAAAACGCUGAGGAAUCUCUAACCCUUGUGUUUGUGGAGACUAAAAAAGGAGCAGACAUGCUCGAAGAAUUUCUCCACUCGAUGGGUUACCCGGUGACAAGUAUCCACGGUGACAGAUCACAGCGCGAGCGUGAGGACGCUCUGCGUAGAUUCCGUGGUGGCAAGACCCCGAUUCUCGUAGCGACCGCCGUCGCCGCACGUGGUUUGGACAUUCCACAUGUUAAACACGUAAUUAACUUUGACUUACCUGGUGACGUCGAAGAGUACGUUCAUCGUAUCGGUCGUACCGGCCGUAUGGGCAACCUCGGACUCGCGACCUCUUUCUUCAACAGCAAAAACCAUAACUUGGUACGCGACUUGGUGUCACUGCUAGUCGAGGCUAAUCAAGAGCUUCCCCCGUGGCUCGACAACAUGUUUUCCGAGGCUAAGCACUCUGGAGGAGCUAGACGACCCGGUGGAACUACAAAGAACACUCGCUUCGGCAGCGGUGGAUUCGGUGCUAGAGAUUACCGUCAGCAGCCCAGUUCCGGAAUGGGAAAUCGCAACGGCCCUUCAAGCAGACCUGGUGGUUACGGUGGGAGCUACGGAGGUGGUGGCGGAUACGGAGGCAACUUCAACUCAUCAUACAAUACAGCUAAUAAUGGUGGCAAUUGUGGUGGUACUGAUUGGUGGGGAAAGUAGAUCAUUAUUAGAAAUUACGUCGCUAUUUACUAUUAAUAUCUUUAUUAUUAUUAUUAAUUAAUUAAUUAAUUAUUAUUAUACAUGAAAAUUCAACUAUAUGUAAGUGAGCGGCACAUAAACACCGAGGAUACAUCGCGGUACUCAAAAAAAAAAAAAAUAAUAAUGAAAGACAGUGUAUUGACGUAUAUUACAUUCACACUCGCUGAUUGCGUAUCAUGCCGAGUUCAAAUGCGCGAAUAUUAUUUUAAAAAAAAAAUUAUUAAGAAAAGACUACCGUGGCUCAGUGUACUCGGCGGCUACUUUUUGUUCCUACGCAAUGAGCCGAGAUAAAAGUCCUGAUUAUUUGUAUGCUGUUUAAUUAUCAUUUAAAUCGUUAACGAAUUAUUGGGACUUUUUAUUUUUGAUUAUUAGGUAAAUUUCAUAGAUUCACCCGAGUUUACUCAAUUUUUUUUUAGAGUUGACUCGAUAAUUCACAUUACUAUGAUUAUUAUAAUUAUUAUCAUAGAAAAAAAACCGCUUACUAACCAAAUUUCAUUAACCGUUAUUGCCAUUCUGAAUAAAAAAAAAAACAACAUAAUGCUGUAGGUAAAUAAAACUUAGUUGAAUUUUUUAGAAUUUUCACUUUAAAAAAAUAAAUUAAUUAAAUUUCUUCGGGAUUCGUUGGCUCUGCUAUUAAAAAAAAAAAUUUCAUUCACAAAAUGAUACGGCGAGCGUGCCUUUUAAUUAAUGAUAAAUAAUUAAAAAAAAAAAAAAAAAACAAAUUAAUUAAAUAAAUAAAAUGUCCAUUACUAAAUUUAGAUUGAAAAAUACUUAAUUAUUUUAAAUUAAAUUGCAUUUAUCAGCUGUAUGCAAAGUAAUUAAUGUCUUUGAUGUGAAGACUUAUUGCACGCAUGCUUGAUCAUUUAAUGAAUUAUCAUUAUUAUUAUUAUUAUUAUUAAUAUUAAAAUUAAAAUUAUCUUCAAUAAAUAUUAUUUAAUUUAAUUUCUCAAAACCACAAGAUUUUUAAAAAAUUGUCGACGAAUGGUACUGAGUUUUGCCGUCCCAAAUAAAAAAUGCGCGAAAAAAAAAUAGAUCAAUAAGGGAUAGGGUGAAAAAAAAUAAUUGAUGUGGUCAUGCGACCGCUCAUUCAUUAGUCGGCAAGAAUGAAGAUAACAACACCACCACCACCACCACCAACAAUCGAGUGUAAAAAACUCUGCAGGAUAAACGUCUUUAUAAAUAUUUAAAAUGAAACUCGUGCUUUUUUAAAUUUAAAAUAGUAUCCAAGUCUACUGUAUCCUUAAAUAAUCAACAGACCGUAGAACAAACGAAAAAAUGAAUAAAAUAAAAUUUUCAUGUAGUAUUUAAACUGUCCGCUCGUGCAAUUGACAGUAACUUAUUUAAUUAAUUAAUUAUCAAUUAAUUAGUUUAGGUAAUAAUUAGACAGAAAAUAAAACAGUUUGAGAAUUUAAAAUCGCAGACGUACACAUGAUUAGCCUGCAUGAUAGGUAACAAUUCAGCUUAUGAGAAGAGAUAGCGAAUAAAUUUUAUAAAAAAAAAAAAUGAAAAUGAAAAAAAAAAAAAAAUACGGUUGCAGUUACAGGAAUAAAAUAAAAAUAGGCAAGUUGAUAAUCACGAGAGUGCGAUUAUUUGAGUACGGGAAGAAUAGUAAAAAGACUAGUGGAAAAAAUAAAAAGGAGUAAUUAAAUAAAUAAAAAUAAUGAGCUGCCGAAAACGUAACUUGGAGUCGCGAGGCAUCGAGGCGCGUUCACAUAAUAUUUUAUAAAAAAAAUAUUACUAUGAUAAAACUGUUAUUAUCACAGCAGUUAAAUAUGCCCUAUUAAUUAUUAUAAAUAAAUGUAAAAGGUAUUAAGUGAUAUUCGUAACUACAUAAAAUAAUAAAAUAAAAUAAACACUAAAGUUAUUUUAAAACGACUGUGAUAUUUAAACGAUCUUGUGACAUUCAAUUUACCACACACAAAUUUAUUAUUAUGAUGGUAAUGAUAAAUAAUAAUAAAAGUUGAUGAAUAAAUAUUUAUUGAUAAUUAAAUUGAAUGUCGGGGAGCAAAAUAUGGAGCUCGACAUGUUAUUGUGGAGCUGGCUGAUGAUAACAAAUUUAAAAAUGAUAACAGAAGAAUAUUAAGUCGUUAAUUAUAAUACAGAGUUAAAUAAUUAAAUGAAAAAAAAAAAAAAAAAAUACGUGGCUGUUGUCCGAUUUUUUUAUGAGGACUGAACGUUCUAGCUCGUCAGCCAAAAUCUCAUGAGGCGUUUUCGGGGCAUUGUUUAUACUUAAAUAAAUAAAUAAAAUAAAAAAAGAGAAUAAUAAUAAUAAUGUAAUAACAGUAAUGAAUAUUUCUGUGUAGUUAAUAAUGUUCAUUAGAAUUCUUUGUAGGGUGAUUGAUAUACAUAAAAUAUUGUAAUAAAUAUAUUUAAAAUAGUAUGUGCGCUAGAUUAUUAUCAGUCUGGCUGAGAAAAGUACAAAUUCAAAUUUAUUAAAUUUUUGAGUAAAGCACUCGAUACGGCUUUUUAGAUGACUAAAUAAAAUAAAAUAACAAAAUGAAUGAAAUAAAAAAAAUUAAAAGUUAUUAUAAAUCAUAGCAAUGUCUUAUGACUUUUACCUGUUACUGUGUACUGAGUUUAUAACUUAAAGUGCAAUCGCGUAAGUGAGGCGUGGGAAUGUGCAGCCACAGAAGCACCAGUCGUGGACCAAGUUGUGAAUGGAUUUUAUUUUUCCGCAAAGACUAAAAAAUAUUAUUUUAAAAUAAAUAAUUUAGUUAGUGAGGCAAAUUAAACACCAACUUUCUUGUACGAUGUAUAUAUUUUUUCACGCUGCAAGAACUCGACAAAAAUUACUCUUAGAUUUUUUUUUACUACUAAUUACUGUUGUGAAAUACUAUUGAGUCGACCGCCUCACGCGUAAAUUCGAUAUAUUAUCGAUUAUUAUUAUAAUUAUUACCAGAAUUUUUUUAUAAAAAUACAUGACAAAUUAUUUAAUAAUUAAUUGUUAAUUAAAUUCAAUUGUGUUAACACUAAUUAGUUUUUAUUGAUGAUGUAUUUAAUCUAUCGCAAAGAAUUCAUUGUCAGUGGACACUUAAUUGCUAAACUUCUCGGUGUUUGUUGAACUGAUAAUUAGAAAUUAAUAAUAAUUAACAAAAAUUAAUAAACUAAUGUAAACUUCUAUUAAUUAAUCAAAACUUUUUUAGGGGGGUUCCAACGAUCUAAGAAAAAAAAACAAAUAUAUUUAUUUUCACUCUAGUAUUUAUUGUCAUAAUUAUAAUUAUCUUAAUUCAUCCAUAUUAUAAAUUAAAUGUAAAAAAAGUAGAAAAAAAAAUGUGCGUGUGGUUUUUAAGGACAUUUUCAGACUCUCACACUUUGUAAAAAUAUUCAGUGGCUUUCAAUAGUCAUGACCGUAUUUAAAUUUUAUUAAUUAAUUAAAAAAAAAUGAAGCAUUAAUUGAAAAAAGGACAAUUACCGAGGCAGAAUUUUAAAAAAUUACUGACUGUUUUUAUUAAUUAAAUUUAUUAAAUAAAUUUUGUUUGACUGCUAAUUGAUGUCAAUUGUCAGUAAUUUUUUUAAAAUUUUAUCAUUUUUUCAAUUAAUUUAUUAAAUUUUACUGCGGUUUUAACAAAUCGUCAUUAAAUAUUUUUAAAAAGAGGAGGGGGGUCUAAUGCCCUUAAAUAAUAAUUAUCAAAAAAUUAUAUUAUUGUUGCGUUGUAUGUUUGGUCCUCAAUAAUGUUCAUCGGACUAGCAGCCUUGUCAUACGUGACGAAAUAACCGAGUACAUUUGAAAUAAUGAAUGCGCCGUAUGAUAGAUUUUAAAAUAAAUAAAUAAAUAAACGAGCCUACGAAUAAUCUUAUGAGAUACUUUUGUAAUAAAUACUUGAGUGUCUGUAACGUUUAUUUAAAAUCGAGCAGGCUCGAUAGCACAAUUGCGUUCGUCAUAAAUCCGUAUUAAUAUAUAAUAAAAUAACAUGAUUGAUAACAGCCGAGGAACAAUGAUGAAGUAAACUGUGACUGCAAUCAUCUCUUAGGAGAAUAAUAAUAAUAAUAAUUUAAAAAUUUAAAUUUAAAUCCCAUAACUUAAAAAUUGUAGUAAACUCAUUACAGAUUACACAUAUCUGGUUAAACAUUUUUAUUUAUCUAAAGUCAUUUUUUUUGCUACUCCAUUUUAAUUUUAUUUAUUAAUUAAUAAAUUCAUUAAUAAUUUAUCAUUUAAAAAUACAAGUCUGUGUGCUAGUAUUAAAAAAAAAAUUAAAUCUCCAAUCAAGGGAUGGCAAUAAUUUCUUCAAUUGAAGAAGACUAAAAAACAAAUUUUAAAAUUAUAUUCGUAAAAGUGUAUGACAGCGAGUGCAAUCCGUCGAUACGCUUAGUGCGAUAAAUAAAACAAUUUUUAAAAUUAUAUUGAAAUAAAUAAAAAAAAAAAAUGUCUAGUUACUUUGUCAGGGUUUUAAGUAAAUAAUUAAAAGGAUUUAAAAUAAUUAAUAUAAUUGGAUAAUGCUUCCAAACGUAUACCGGAAAACUGUAUCCUAAUUUAAUUUAAAUCACGCACGUGUUGAAUCAUAUAAAAAAUAUAUAUAUAUAUAUAUAUAUAUAUAUAUAUAUAUAUAUUUAAUUAAAUGUAUGUAAUUAUGGUCUUUGACAAUUACACUUGUGUAUUAAAUUUUAUUAUUAUUAUUAUUUAAACAUUUAUUAUUAUUAUUGUUUUUUUUUUUUUUUACAAUGGAAUAUUAUGUGGCGCUAAAGGAACAUCAAUGUAACGGCGAAUGUACCAUUCAGUCGGUCUUUUAAUACACAUUUAAAUGCUACAUUAGUUUAAAUGGUUCGAAAAAUUAAAAUCUUUAAAAAACAAAAAAAAAAAGAUUAUUUAGGAAAUAAAGUAACAUUAAAUUCUACAGAUUACUGUACGUCGUGCGCGGUAUCGAAGAAUAAAGGAAAUAAUAAUGAUGAUGAA